GACCUACACAGUUGCUGAGUGGGUGGAGAUGAGAGCUGAGAUCCUGGUACAGCAGUCACCCUGCUGCGCUGCUAGCCUGUACUUGUCUGUUACCUCUGUCAGUGGGUGAUGAUGGGUCCAGCACUGUGUGAGAACCAGCAGUAAUACACGAUUCUGCAGUAGUAUAAUACCCUAUAGUUCAACACCAGCAAGUGCUGCAGAUUUGUGUCCAGGACUUAAAUGAGGAGCAGCCAGCUGACCCUGAUAAAGGGAAGAGUCAGAGGAGAGAGCAGCUGCAUCCCAGGGCUUGUUAGCCACAAUGAGACCUGUGGGCUUACAUGGAGUGCUAGUCAUUCUCACGUGCAGCUGCUUCAUAUCUGGAGACAUACAGGAUGUCGUAAAUUCCCUGCAAGUACAGAAACAGCUGCUUACUACAGGUUACAGCCUUUGUUCUGAUGGUGUUGAUUCUCUGGGUUACUACAAUGGGUCCAUUUCAGUGACUGAGUCUGGAUCUGAUUGCCUAAACUGGGCAGAGUUUCCUGACUAUAUUGAGCAGUACCCAGGACGAGGACUUGGGUCCCACAACUACUGCAGGACCCCUGAUGGAGGAAUGACGCCUUGGUGUUUUUUCCGGCAACAAUCUGGAGUAAUUAGCUGGGCUCACUGCGACUGCAGCCAGGGUGCUGUGCGUGUGCUGGAUGACCGAUCUUCCCACAGUGGUGGAGUAGAGCUCUAUUUAAAUGGUAUUUGGGGAACCAUAUGUGGUGAUCACUGGACUGACUGGGAUGCAAGCGUUGUCUGCAGACAGCUCGGAAUCAGUGAAAUUGGCACAGCCAGACAGAUCUCAGAUUAUGGUUCAUGGAUGACCCCUGUACACCUGCAGUCUGCCAACUGCAGAGGGGACGAGAAGGCCGUACUACACUGCAGGUACAGCCAGGGAAAAGUUUGCAGCAACAGACUGAUAGCUGCUGUCACCUGCUCUCCUCCUGAAGGUUUAAAGCCGCCCCUCCGGCUGGUGGGAGGACAGGAGCAGUUUGAGGGGCGCAUUGAGGUGUUUUUCAAUGGCCAUUGGGGAACGAUUUGUGAUGAUCACUGGGACAACAGAGAUGCUGAAGUCAUCUGCAGGCAACUAGGCUUUAGUGGCACGCCUAGGGCCUGGGUGUGGGCACACUAUGGACAAGGCAUUGGCCCCAUCUUGCUGGAUGAAGUAGAGUGUUUAGGAAACGAGACCUCCUUAGACUUCUGCCAGAAGAAUGAAUGGGAACAUCACAACUGUGACCACAUUGAAGAUGCUGGCGUUUCCUGCAAUCCCUUCAGAGAUGGCGCCGUGAGACUAUCUGGAGGUCACAAUGCAGGUGAAGGACGGGUUGAAGUCUAUUACAAUGGAGAUUGGGGAACUGUGUGUGAUGAUGAUUGGACAGAACUGAAUACCCAGGUGGUCUGCAGGCAGCUGGGCUAUAGUGGUGCUUACACUUUGGCAUCAAAGACUGAGUUUGGACCCGGCGAUGGAUUGAUUUUUCUGGACGAUGUGGCUUGCAAAGGCACUGAGCGCUCUCUUAUGAACUGCUCACAUAGUAACUGGGGUCAACAUGACUGCUCUCACUCUGAGGAUGUUGGGAUUCGCUGCUCGAACGACAGCAAUGACAUUGUUGAAAUUCCCUCUGGUAAUAGCCUAGGGCCUCUGAUACGGCUGAUGGAUGGGGAAAGCACCAAGGAAGGCAGAGUGGAAAUAUUCCUGAAUGGAGACUGGGGCAGCGUGUGUGAUGAUGGAUGGACAGACAGUGAUGCGGUUGUUGUUUGCAGGCAGCUUGGACACAGGGGUCCUGCAAAAGCAAGAACUAUGGCUUAUUUUGGAGAAGGGCAAGGACCAAUACAUCUGGAUAAUGUAGAAUGUAAUGGUACAGAAAACACCCUAGCGGAAUGCAAGAAACAGGACAGUGGAAUACACAACUGCUGGCACAGUGAAGAUGCAGGUGUUAUAUGCGACUAUGUAGAGAAGAAAGUCAGCGCACUGAAGGAUGGGUCAUCUGCCAAGUGUGGUGUUAGUCUAACACUGCGGCGAAAGAAGAGAAUUGUCGGUGGAACCAAAUCAAUAAGGGGCGGAUGGCCGUGGCAGGCCUCACUGAGGCUGAAGGGAUUUCACAAAGAAUCUCGUCUACUAUGUGGAGCAACCCUGAUCAGCAGCUGCUGGGCUCUGACAGCCGCUCACUGCUUUAAGAGGUUUGGAGACCGAGCACACAGAUACUCUCUCAGAGUCGGCGAUUACCACACCAGUGUAGAGGAUGAUUUUGAGCGCGAGCUUCCAGUACAGAGGAUCGUUGUACACAAGAAGUACCACUCUAGUAGCAAUGACAAUGACAUCGCACUGAUCAGAGUGCAGGGAAAGGAUGGUCAUUGCUUGGCAUUCAGUUACCAUGUCCUGCCCAUCUGCCUGCCAGAGAGGAAGGAGAAGUCUGUGUACCAGAAACCAUGCUUUAUUUCUGGAUGGGGAGACACAGGAACUUCCUAUUCCAAGACACUUCUUCAGGGCACAGUUCCGAUUCUUCCCAAAGAAAACUGUAUUCUACGCUACAAAGGGAAAUUUACAAGCCGCAUGAUUUGUGCUGGGAAUCUGUCUGAAGACAAUCGAGUGGACAGCUGCCAGGGAGACAGCGGAGGCCCUCUCAUGUGCCAAAACGCAAGCGGUCAAUGGGUUAUUGUAGGAAUAACUUCUUGGGGUUAUGGGUGUGGGCGAAAGGGCUAUCCUGGAGUGUAUACCAAGGUAAACAGGUUCACCCCUUGGAUCAAAAGAGUUACAAAGCUGAAAUAAGAGCAAAGCAAAAAUACCCGUUCCAUUCAUAGUAAGUUGUAUGACCCAUAUGGAAAAAGGUCAGAACUUUAGCAUGAGAUUCAUCACCAAGCUGUAGGCGCCCCACAACACACCUUAAAUUUCAUUUAUGGGUCUAUACUGUAUGGGGAAAUACCUUCUGUUGAUGUUGAGCCUUUGUUGGUGUAAAAAUGUACUGCUUCACUUGCACUUUGCCUGAACAGGGUUCUCUGAGGGCUAAACAGGUUUCUCUGAGGGCUGUCUGAUCGAACUGGCAAAAGGGUAAUUUAGCCAAACGGUUCUACCAGUACACUUCUACCUAAUGGAGCUUUGGUGGAAAAGUGCUUCUACUAUAUCUCCGCUAAAUGGUGACCUUGGCAGAUAAGUAAACCCUUGUGUCAAGUGGGUAGCUUGACAAAAGUUUAUAGAUCAAGUAGAAACAAAAAAGAAUUACCAUGCUUAAUAACUAAUAUUAAUUAUAACAGAAAGUACUAACAUUAGCUGAAAUUCUACAUGUGAACUCAACCAGGGUUUACAAAUGGUGAUAAACUUUUCUUGACACACAUUCCAGGUCAUAACCACGCAACAGCCUCAAAAGGUACAGGGUUCUCUAGUCAAUAUGAGCACUGAAAACAGGCAAAUACAGUGACCGGUUAGAGGGUCAAUUUGUUUACAAAAAAAACAUCUUGUACUUUUUGUAAAAGAUGAUGUAAUUUCACUGACUCUUUACGGAGAGCAAAAUGAGGGGCCCAUUUAUCAAACUCAUUGCGUAUGAUAAAUGGUGCUCCAGCCAAUCAGCUCCCAACUUUCAUUUUUCAAACACCUGAUACUUAGGAGCUGAACACAUGACAGUUGGGAGCUGAUUGCAUUUAUCAAACGCAACAAGUUUUAUGAUUCACAACGAGUUUUAUCACUCAUUGAUAAAUGAGCCCCUAAAUGUGAAGCUAUUUAUUUUUGUUUGUUAUUAUCUAAAUAGGUGUCUGCUUUGCAUUAACCGAUCAUCUAAACAUAAUGGGGUCUAUGCACUAAGCCUUGGAGAGAGCUAAAGCGGAUACUGAGGGGUCUAUUUACUAAGCCUUGGCCUUGGACGGAGAGAAGGUGGACGGAGAUAAAGUACCAGCCAAUCCGCUUCUAACCACCAUGUCACAUGCUGUGUUUGAAAAAUGGCAGUUAGGAGCUCAUUGGCUGGUACUUUAUCUCCGUCCACUCCAAGGCUUAGUACAUAAACCUCAGUGUUAUUUUACCUGAUGCAUAAAUUACACUAAUGUAGAAGGGGAGGAAAGGAUUUACAUUUGCUUUAUUCAACUUUUAUUCAGACUGUCUAUCCCACAAUUAUCAAAGCACAACUAAGGCCAAUGUAUGGCUCUUUACACAGCUUUAAUAAGGGGAUGGCCCUAAAGAGACUGUACUCUCCCAACCAAAGGAAAUUUAGGUAAACAAGGUCUCUCCCAUGAGAAGUUGUAUGAGGCCCUAACCGGAGAACUAACAUUAGCCAUAGCAGUACAUAGCCUAUUCCAGCCCCAAAGCCUAGCCGUAAGCUUUAUUCUUAUCUGUAACCCUACAAUAUAUAUACAGUAUAUCAUAUCCAUUCAUUUACCUAUCACAGUAAUAAAUAAUAAUAAACUGCACCAGAACACUCUCUAAUCUGCAUUAUUGGGAGGACGAUAUGAAAAUAUGGGACAUGGCUGCUCUUCUCCCCUUAUGUGCUGUAGUGUAGUAUAGUAUAGUAUAGUAUAGUAUAGGAUCAUUCAUAUAGGGUUUGUCCAUAGGCUGAAAAGGCAAAAUGACUGCAAGUCCUGGUAGGAGGUGGAGCAACGAGCUGUAACACACAGGCUCCGUUAUACAGAUACAGGCUCACUGGUACAUGUUGUUAUACACCAUAAUUCCCAUUUAAUCCUAGGUAUGCAGUUUUGUUUGCCUCAUCACUGACCAUUUCAGGCACAUGUGCUACCUUAUGCUUCUCUGGGGAUAGCUGUGUGUAAGAAUGGUUCAGCUGAGACACAGCCAAGUGGGCACAGACACCAUCCCUCUCAUAGUUGUGCAUAAAAUCAUCUUCUCUUUGUGUACAGCAGCUAAGCCUGGUUAUAUAUUGGAAUACAAUCGAUAACAACCAAGUAUGAUGAAACUUGGUGCCUCUUUUUUUUUUUUCUUUACUUUUUUUUUUAAACAAAAAAACAAAGCUGGUAAUAUGCUCUUGAAAAACACUAAUUUCCGUAUUGUGUUCUAGUGGUGUUUCAGUAUUGUAUUGUGGCUUUGAUAGCAUGGAAGCACAUCUCUGAUUCAGGGCCCUCGUCUAGCAAAUCACAGUGGCCAGCUCUAUUGGAAGCGAUGGCUGCGGAAUGCUGGGGAAGCGGUUGGAGUGCCAGCACCUCGCGGUCGCAACAUCACAUUUUAUUUUCUGUACACCUCUAUGGACUGCGAAGUAAUAUGUGUCAUGUUGGGGGUACCAUAAUUCUCGUGAAGCAGAUCGUAGAGAAUUUAUUCUACCCCCAUAGAUUGGGAGGUGUUGGGGAAAAGUAAAUGAUACAGUGGUAAUAUGACAACGCCUCCAAACAGUUUUAUUGUUGAAGCUUAUUUUAUUAAUAAGAAGAUCUAUUAAAAUAUUUGCUUUUAUCUCCAGUUUGGAACUGUAUAGAAAUUAUUUAUUAUUUAAUUUAAUGGGUCAAUUAAAUAUGAUUGUUAUUAUGAUUCGGCAGUAUUCAGAUUUAAUUUAAUUUUUUUUUUUUUAGGGUCUUUGAUUUUGCCUUCAUAGUGGGCGCUAUAUACACUGGCUGCUCCUAGUGCAGGACAAACUGUCAUUAUUUUAAAUGAACUUUUUUGUCUUCUUUGUGCAGUUAUCUAUACAGAUAUAUAUGUAGGAUAUUUUGUUUUUUUACAUUGUGAACUAAUAGAUACUAGUUUAAUUACAAAUAAUCAGCUUAAAGUCUACCAAACAAGUGCAAUUAUUUCACUUUGUAUUGUAUCUCAUGUUCAUGUAAUAA